AUGCACAUAUUGCAUGAAGCAGAAGCGCCUCCAGCAAAACCAGCAGCAGCAGCAGCAGCAGCAGCAAGCAGCAGCAGCCAACAGCAGCAGCAAACAAAACUGAAGGAGGAGCAACAAAACCACAACAGCAGCAGCACCAACACAGCAACAACACAUCAGCAGCAGCAGCAGCAGAAACACAGCAGAAGCACAGCAGCAGCAACAGCGCACCAGCAGCAGCACACCAGCAGCAGCAGCAGCAGCAGCAGCAGCACCUCUUUGACGGCCUCCAUGAGGCAGCAGUAG